ACACAUCUGUAUUCAUUUGAUCAUAGAUAAAAUUGGUGCACAGAUCUUAUAAUAUAAUAAAAUUUGGUGUAAUGGUACUGUCUAUUAUAUGUUUUGUAGGUACUGUAAUGGGCAGCAAAAAUACUAAUUAAUUAUGUAGAAAAGGCAAAUUUAUGCUUUCUUUUAGACUGCAUUGAAUAUUUUUCAGCUAAAACAAUAUCGUCGUGACUCUCGUACCUACUGUGAUAAAAAAUUCCAUCAAAUCGUUAUUCUGUCAAUUUUUGGGAAUAGACGGUCGGAGAGAUAAAAAUUUAUUAGAAAAACAAGUGUCCAACGUAGACAAUUAUUUUAUAUUAGUGAUAUACAUAUAUUAAAGAUGUCUUCAAAUCCCAAUUAUAAGCCGUCCGAAGGAAAACGUGAGGAAUUCCGUAAGUAUUUAGAAAAAAAUGGCAUUAUGGAUGCAUUAACGAAGGUUCUAGUUAACCUUUAUGAAGAAGUUGAUAAACCAGAGAAUGCUUUGCAAUAUAUAAUAGACAAACUGUCAAUUCAAGCUGGACACGAGACUCAUGACACGUUACAGAACAAAUUAAAUGAGGCAGAAGCACGUGUUAAAGAACUAGAAGAGCAGCUCGAAGCGGGUGCCAAAGUCCAACCCACCGAGGAACCCGCUGCAGAGGGUGUCGGAGAAGACGGAGCUCCUGACGAGAAUCUCGACCCCGACGCAUAACUAUAGUACUGCCCUGGUUGCCUCUAACCUUUCUUUUUUUGUUGAAUGCCAUUUAAGUUCCUUUUUUUACCAUUUAGAUUUUGAUUUAUAUUUUAAUAUAAUAAAUGUGCGUUUGUUUGUUUAUAGAAUACCGUUUAGUUGGGGUUUAUCAAAGUUUACGCGGAGUCGGUACAUUUACCAUUCUUUUUACAUUUGCUAAUAUAGCUUUGCUCUGUGCAUUAACAGUCUUGCCUUUAAAAAAUAACGUCUGAAUACUCGAAAGUUUGCACUUUGAAAUGAAAUUGUUGGACGAAUCGAAAUAUUUUAAUAUACCGUUAGUGGUAGACAGGCUACGAUUACGAUCGUAAUAAUUAGCGAAAAGAACUACUAUUUUUGUAGGCACUAUUUAUAAAAAGCCAUUAUGAUUUAUCUGUAAGAGCAAAUAGAGAUAUAGAUUGUGCAAUACAUAUAUAAUCUAGCGUAAACUGAAAGUCUUUUUACUUGAAAUUUUUUUUAUAUUCGGAAAUAAAAGUUCUGUCGACAUUCCUUCUACGAUUUUGUGGUUAUUUACACAUUCAAGUUUCACUUCCUGCAUUGGACCAUUAGUUUUGUACUUUAUUAACUUGUAAAUUAAUUUACUGCAAUAACCAGGGCUGGAUAAUCCAUUUUUUUAUACGUUAAAUCCGGAUAUCUGCACUAUUUAUGAUUAGAAGCAUCUAUGCGAGUUUUUACAAUAUUUAAAUUUUCUGAAAUAAUAGGAUGUGCCUUAACCAAUUUAAUAUUGUUCUCUGGUGAAAUUUGGUUCUGGUUAUAAAUUAAAUUACUCGCGAUUUGUAUACUUCCUUUUUUUUUUUUGUUGAAGCUGUAAAGGGCAGUAUUAUUUUGUAAACGAUACAUGUAAUAAAAACUUGAAAACAUUC